CCAAAGGCAGGUACUAAUUGAGGCAAGCUGGAAGGCGGAGUUGAAACAAAGGCAUACUCGUACAUAUAUAAAGCGGAGCCCCGUCCAUUACCGUCCUUCUUCGUCUGCCUAUCUUCUCCCUAUCGCUUCGCCGAAGACUGAAGUCCGGACUGCCCAAGCUCCCACGCUCCCUCCCUCUUUUCCCCUCUAGCAGUCCUUCUUCGCCUGCCUUACCUUGCCGUCAUGGGCAAAAAGGGCUACUACGCCGUCCAGUCGGGCCGAAGCGUGGGCGUCUACGAUACCUGGGCCGAGUGCAAACAAGCAGUCGACGGCUACUCGGGCGCCUCUUUCAAGAGAUUCGACAGUCAUGAUCAGGCGAGUGCCUUUGCUGGCGGUUCUGGCAGCGCAAGCGGAGGAUCUCGCUACAGCGCACCCACGACUUCCUCCCGAUCUGGCUACGGGUCGUCCGACUAUGGAUCUUCUGACUACUCCUAUCGAGCCCCUCGUGCCCAAGCCGCCCCAGCUCCUUCUCGACGAGACAACAUCUACAUCGAUGGCGCCGCCCCAGGCAAUGGUAGGGACGGAUCUCGUGCUGGAUACGGAAUCUAUCAUGAGAACCAGGCCAACCAGCACCUCAACAGGAGCGAGAGGCUCAACGGAGACAUCCAGACCAACAACCGAGCCGAAUUGACGGCCGCUAUCGAGGCCCUCAGAGGCGCACCCCGAGACACGACGCCUGUUCUACACACUGACUCUCGCUACACCAUGGGUAUCAAGGACUGGCUUCCCAAUUGGGAGCGCAACGGCUUCCGCAACGCCAACGGCGAGCCCGUUGCCAACCAGGAUCUUGUCCGACAGCUCGACCACGAAAUCAAGCAGCGAGGCGGCAACGUCGAGUUUGAGCACGUCAGAGGCCACACUGGUGUACCUGGCAAUGAGAUGGCAGACCGGGAGCGAACAAGCCUCGCAGGGGAUGAUCGCUCGGGAUCGUACCGUCCCAACUAGGUUCAGACAGAGGUCGAUUCACAGACAGGGCAAAAUGCCGAUCACAUGCAAAUUUCACAAACAGCCUCUCAUACCGGCAUACACAAGCCGAAUUCCACAAGAUGUCACGUUUGUCCGUUGUCACAACCCAAAGAAUCUGUCACCAGCAAACAUCCAAUAGCUCUUUGUCAAUCUGAACGUCGAUUUCAAUUCAGAUAGA